AUGCCGAGCUAUGUAAAAUUCCUCAAGGAUAUACUUGCUAACAAAAGAAAGAUCGGGGAAAAUGAAAUAGUUGCGUUAACAUAUGAAUGCAGUGCGCUUUUUCAAAACAACAUCCCCACCAAAAUGAAAGAUCCUGGGAGUUUUACAUUGCCCUGGUCAAUAGGAAGGAAAAAGUUUGGAAACGUGCUGUGUGAUUUAGAGGCGAGUAUAAACUUAAUGCCCUUGUCGAUCUUCAAGAAGCUAAAUAUCGACAACGCAAGACCAACUACAAUUACAUUACAGUUGGCCGAUAGAUCAAUAAUGCAUCCUGAGGGCAAGAUAGAGGAUAUAUUCGUGCAAGUAGACAAGUUCAUCUUCCCUGCUGACUUCAUCAUAUUAGAUUAUGAAGAUGACAGAGAGGUGCCUAUCAUCUUGGGUUGCCCAUUUCUUGCAACAGGUCGAGCACUGAUUGAUGUAUAG